AUGGAGGCUUGGAAUUGCUUGCGUGAUAUCUUUCAGGAUAACAAACACUCUCGUGCUGUCACCCUUGAGUACGACUUCACUCAUGUCGACAUGGCCGAUUUCCCCAAUGUCUCUGCCUAUUGUCAACAUCUCAAAUCUCUGGCGGAUCAACUCAAGAAUGUUGGCUCUCCAGUGGCUAACGAUCGUCUAGUUCUUCAAUUGGUCUCGGGCCUUACCGAAACAUACCAAGGUGUGGCGACUCUUAUUUGUCAAUGCGACCCUUUGCCACAAUUUUAUCAAGCCCGUUCGAUGCUCACUCUUGAAGAAGCUGGCCGUGCUAAGAAAGCAGCCCAAAGUUCCUCCGCUGCAUUAGUUGCUCGCUCGUCCGAAGGUCCCAUUGAUGUUCCUGAUAAUUCCUCUUCCCACAGCUAUAAUAGUGGUGGAAAGAGGCACCACAAUCGCAACAAUAAUGGAGGCAGAUCUCACGGCAGCCAUGGCAGUCGUGGCGGCGGCAGAGGAGAUGGCAGCUGCGGCAGUCCUGCUGGCCGUGGUGGUCAGCUAGGUGGCAACAGCAGUCGCGGUAGCACUAGGCAGCAUUCAACGGCGCAACACUCUCCACAAUUUUCUCCUUGGUCUGGCGGACAAUAG